AUGGAAGUUUCUACUGACAUGUCCUGUUUGAUUCCGUUCCUUCAAGAUCUGCAGGUGGAAAGGGCAGAAGCCCUCAAUUUGGCCGUGUCGCCCGAGAAUACCCCGGGCAGGGCUUUGGAUGUGAAAGGGGACUCGGAGACGGCGCGAGCAGCGCAGGCUCUGCAAGAGGUGGUCCAGGGAGGGGUGGCCACAGACCAUGCAGAGGUGGUUUCCCACAAGGAGGAUGUUUUCAGACGGAUACGACUCCAAUUUGGGAGGAGCCAGGAGCAAUACAACGCAUCUCUUUCAGAGGGACCCCUACGCCUUGUGGGCGAGGAGGAGGCUGCUGGCAAGUCCUCCGCAUUCUUUGUCUUCAGCGAGGAUGGACGAUACUGCGUAAAGCGGGUCGAUCCGAAGGAGGCCCAGAUGCUGCUGAGAAUCGUGGACGAUUACGAGGCCUACAUCCACCAGUGCAAAGGGACGCUGCUGCCACGUUUCUACGGACUGUAUGAGGUCCGUCUGCACACUGGCAAACCUACUUGGCUGAUGGUUCAAGGAAACGUCCUGGGUGGGCGCGCUCGUGUUAUUCAGCGCUUCGACCUCAAGGGAUCCACCCAUGGCCGCCGGGCUUCAGCCAAGGAGAGGGCAAAGGGAAGAUCAUGUGUCCUCAAGGAUCUCGACUUCGUGGAGGCCUCUUGCCAUAUACAAGGCCAAAGUGCAGAGGCCAGCGCAGAGUGGGCGACGUGGGUUCAGGCCAUGGAGUCGGAUUCGCAGUUUCUGGCCUCGCACUCACUGAUCGACUACAGCCUACUCCUGGGUUUCUCGACUUGCUCAGCCGAGUCCCGCAAAAAGCCAUUAUCGCACAUCAAGAGGCUGGAGGUGGCUGCAGCAUCCCUGGGGAACCUCCCCAUCCAGCUGGCCGAAGAUGAGUGCCUGCUGAUGUAUGCUGGGAUCAUCGACUGUCUCAUGCCCUACAACUGGUUCAAGCGGCUGGAGAACCUGCUAUUGGAUGCGGUGCUGUCGGCCGAUAUCUCCUGCCAACCUCCCAAGAAGUGCCCGGGCCGUUUACCAUGGUUCGUUGAGUGA